CAGAAAGUGCAACGUCAGAAUAAGCUUCUCUGGGUAUUGAAUGGGUGGACAAUUGCUAAAGGAUUCCUCAUCCACAUCUCCUCACUCUCCCUCCCUUUGCCAGAAAAUUCCCCUCUCUCUCUCUCUCUCUCUCUCUCUCUCUCUCUCUCUCUCUCUCUCCCCCCUUCUUUUCAAGUUUUAUGAUAUGGGUCUUCUUUUAUCUAUCUAUUUGUUUAUUUUUAUGUAGCCUUUGAUGGGUUUGCUUUUGUACUAGCAAGCAAGAGAGUUGUAUUGAAACAGGAAGGCUUAGUAUUUCUGAAGGUUUGGUGCAGUUCUUAUUUGCCAGUCUAUCUAUUUUUAUUUUUUAGGGUUUGAAGGAAAAGAGAAAAGGAACCAUCAUAAGUUUUUCUUUUUUCGAAGGGAGAUGGAUGUUUUUGCAGAUUAGAUGAGAAAUUGCAUCAGACAGUGACUCAACUGCGAAUUCCAUCAUCAUUUCUAGUCUUCCUUUUUUCAAAAAAAAAUUCAAAUUUCCUUCAUCUGUAGAUGCUUUAAAAGAGUGUGAAAUGAUGGUCUUCUGUUGUCUUUUUAGUCACAUGAAUUCCUACUAGAUCUGUUUGUAAAGGGGGAAAAGAAAAGAAAAGAAAAGAAAAACCAACAUGCCUUCCUAUUCAUGCCUUGCAAAACCCUUGUCUUGAUCUAUCUCUACCCUUUUGGGGUCUCAUCAAACCCUCGAAUUCCUCUCAUCAAAACCCAAAACUCCAUGUCUGAUGAUGAAAGGUCUGAUAAUUCAACACCACCCACUUGUAGAAGAGAACAUGUCCAAUUUGACAACUGCAUCAGGUGAAGCAAGUGCAUCUUCAGGCACCAUAUUCCAACAACAGUCCUUUCCUUCUCCAAAUCCAACCCCAGUGAAGAAGAAGAGAAACCUUCCAGGCAAUCCAGACCCAGAUGCUGAAGUGAUAGCUUUGUCCCCCAAGACCCUCCUGGCCACCAACAGGUUUGUGUGUGAGAUCUGCAACAAAGGAUUUCAAAGAGAUCAGAACCUUCAGCUGCAUCGGAGAGGUCAUAACCUUCCAUGGAAGCUGAAGCAAAGAACAGGAAAGGAGGUGAGGAAGAGGGUGUACGUAUGCCCAGAGACUACAUGUGUGCACCAUGAUCCUACAAGGGCACUUGGAGACCUUACGGGCAUCAAGAAGCAUUUCUGUAGAAAGCAUGGGGAGAAGAAGUGGAAAUGUGACAAGUGUUCUAAGCGAUAUGCAGUUCAAUCAGAUUGGAAGGCCCACUCAAAGAUCUGUGGUACUAGGGAGUACAGAUGUGAUUGUGGUACUCUCUUUUCAAGGAGGGAUAGCUUCAUUACCCACAGAGCCUUCUGUGACGCAUUGGCAGAAGAGAGUGCAAGAGCAAUCACAACAAACCCUCUAACCCACAACCCACUCCUACCCUCUCAAGGUAGUACUUCCACAGCCCAUGGACCUGCUACACAUACAAAUCCACAAUCCCAAUUCCCUCAAAUCCUGAGAACAACAGAAAACAACAAUAACAACAACAACAUCAGUAGCCAUCAUGACCUUCAAGCACUAUCAUUGAAAAGAGAACAACACCAGCAGCAGCAGCAACAUUUUAACAUGAGACCAGAGCUACCACCAUGGCUAUCUGUUGUAGGAGCUGGUCCUGGCCCACCAACUCAAGGACCCACAUCUCUAAACCACCUCGAUUUACCAUCAUCAAUAUUCUCUACAAGGUUAGAUCAUGAAUUCUCACACACCCAAAAUCCAGUGGCCCACAACAACCCUCCUCAGCCUCCUCCCUUCCAUCAAGCAGUCUCUCCACACAUGUCUGCCACAGCCUUACUACAGAAAGCAGCUCAAAUGGGUGCUACGAUAAGCAAACCGUCUUCUUCCUCAUCCAUGCUCAGAUCCCAACAAGGUCACAUGACUGCUACCACAACAGGUUUUGGGCUGGGACUUUCUUCAAGGGAAGAGAUGGACAGCAGCUUUGUGCAUGGCCUGACUACUUUUGGGAAUAAAGCUGCUGUUCUAAUGGACCACACAGAUACAGCUACAGCUACAGCUCCUUCUCUCUUUCAAAAUAUGAUGACUUCUCUUUCUUCAGCUACGGGCUUUGAAGGGUCUUUUGAGGAUGCUUUUGGAGGACUGUUAGGUUCAAAGAGAGAUGGAGAUGCUGCCGAAAAUCUUGCAACAGCUCAUCAUAGAAAUGAGGAAGGAGGAGGUGGUGGAAAUGAUGGCUUAACUAGAGAUUUCUUGGGUCUCAGAGCCUUCUCUCAUAGAGACAUUCUCAACAUGGCUGGGCUUGACCCUUGCAUCAAUUCCUCCUCAUAUGAUCAGACUCAAAAUCAAAAGCCAUGGCAAGGUUAGCAGCUUCAUUGCAACUGGUAUGCAUUUGGGUUCUUUAUCUUCCAUGAAAAUAACCAAUGAUUUUGGUGUUAUUUACAUGGGUUUUUUUUUAAUAGGACUAGACUAAGGUGAUAGUUCGCUACCAUUUUCAAAAUGGUGGUCACUCAUCCUCAGUACACGUGGAAUAGCGUAUAUGUCUGGCAAUCCAGACUGCCCCAUUUUCGUUGGACACUGAUAUGAUGAUCUCGGCCAUAUGAUUUCAACCGUCGAAUUGAAACUUUGGAUAAUAGUGCUUUUAGAUCAAUCGACCAAUGCGCUUUCGGUGCUAGAGAUGUCCUACAAUUCGGAUGGUCCAGAUUCUUUUACAUUAUGCCACGUGUAUGGAGGAUGAGUCAUCACCAUUUUGAAAAUGGUGGUGAAACUAGUGCACUAUCACCUUAUUCUAGCCCCAUUUUUAAGUGUAUGUUGCCUUGACAUAUACACCUGGUAUCCAUCCCUCUUAUUUCUUCUGUCCUUUUUUUUUUCCCUCCCAAAGGGAGGUUGGACUGUUUCAUUUUUCCUUUUUUUUUUUUGGAUGGUAGGGAUCUCAUAAACAUAGUAUUCUCAUGGCCCCUUCCUACCUUUUUUUCGUAUAUGAAUAUUCUUAUCUUUAUUUCUUUGUACUUCUGCAACUAUGCUUUUGUAGUGAAGGGCUUCAUAAGAAGAAAAUAGCCUCAUUACAAGCA